AUGUCGAACACCAUUACUGUUUGUGGCCCCUCAUCCAGCGGCUGCUGGCACAUUGUGCGCGGCGAACCCUGCCAGCGACCUGUACUGACACGUCUGCAGGGCGAGAUCUACGAAAAGAUCAUCCAAGAAGUCAUCAAUGCUUCGCAGAAUGACUUUGAAGAGAAUGGUGUCCAGCAACAGACCUUGAUGGAACUGCAACAGUCAUGGCAGCACAAGAUGUCGCAGCGCGAUGUCGCGCAGAUGCCUUGGGAUCCCAAGCCUGCUCCGCCUCCGCCUCAGCAAGCGCCCCAACAGCAGCAAGCACAGCAACCUGCCGCAGCACCUCAGCCUGUACAAAAUGGAGUCCCUGUCCAGCAUCAGCCCCCUCAGAAUGGACACGCACAGCCCAAGGUUGAACCUGGAUCAAAUUCCCAGCCUAUGCACAACUAUCCCCCUGCUCAGCAAGGAUAUCCUCAGCAGGUGAACAACCAGAUGAUGGCUCAGCAACGUGCUGCAUCCCUCCUUCAGCAGCAAUUCGGCCAGCAAGCCAAUGCUUCACUUAAUGCCAUGCAGCAGAGAGGUAUCGCUCUGCCUGGAGGUGUUCAGAACGCUCACCCCCAACAGCCACAACAGCAACAAUCACAGCAGCAGCAACAGCAGGCACAACAACAACAAAGAACACAAGGCUUGCAGUUGCCUACACAACCUGGACAAGCUGUGUCGCAACCGGGACAAGUCCAACAGCAACGCCAGAUGCAAGCGCAGUAUGCCCAGCAGAUGCGCCAGCAGACUGCACACCAGCAGCCUCAGGUGAAGACUGAAGGCAACGGCCAGUACCCUCAACAACACGGCGUCAACUAUUCGCAGACGGAUGGUUCGGAUGAAGCCGCACUUGACGAGUGGAACAGAUACAUUACCGAGAGACGCAGACUCAGCUCAGCUCAAGUGGACAAGUACGAUGGUAUGAUGAGACGUCAAAUCGAGGAUCUACAACAUAGACUCGAGAACGGUCUGCUGCUUCCUCUGGACGAUCGGAAGGAGCAUAGCCGCUACACAAAGCGUGUGUCUAGAGGUAGAGCCAGCGCAAACGCUGGUUCGCGCUUGGCCAGCAUUCCUCAGUUGGACGGUGAAAUGGAGGAAGAGGACGAAGAUGCCAUCAACUCUGAUCUUGAUUCAUCGAGUGACGAAGCCGGCAACAACGCUGACGAGGAAGACGAGGAGAUUGACCACGUGCUUUGCACAUACGACAAGGUGCAGCGCGUCAAGAACAAGUGGAAGUGCACUCUCAAGGACGGUAUCAUGUCGGCCAAUGGCAAGGAGUACCUCUUCCACAAGGCUCAAGGAGAGUUCGAGUGGUAA